UUUCGGUUGGAACGUUCCCACUCGUCGGCCUCUUUCAGAUUCAGAAGCUCUCUCUCUCUUCUCCAUCCCCCCAUUUUCCUCCUCAAUCCGUUCUCACCUCACCUCACGGUUGUCUUGAUCUUGAAGCAACGCCACAGUCUCUUCGAUUCCGCAUUUCAGAAUUGCAGGGAUUUGGGACCGGUCGAAUUCAGCUGGGAUUCUCUAGUUAGUUGAUCAAGGAGAGAGACCAUGGUGUAUCAUUCCAGUUUUGUGGAUGAGGAAGGAAUUACCAAGGCUUGUGGGUGUCCCCUGCUUCCGUUAAAAAGCCACAUAAAAGGUCCAGCUCCAGUCUCCGGACGAGAUGCAACUGACAUUGUUGAUGAAGCAAUUACAUUCUUCCGAGCAAAUGUCUUCUUCAGAAACUUUGAUAUCAAGAGCCCUGCUGAUAAGCUCCUCAUUUACUUGACCUUCUACAUCAAUUCGGCUUUGAAGAGGCUCGAGGGCUGCAGAACUUUGGCUGAAGGGACCAAAGCUAUCAUUAGCUUGGGCCUGGAGAAGGUUCCCGUGCCUGGAGAGUCUGGAUUUCCUUUUCCAGGCCUCUUCCCCUUGCCUCAGUCUUCGCAGGAAGCAGAGCUAUUCAGAAACUAUCUAAAGCAGAUAAGGGAAGAAACAAGUGGGAGGUUACUUAGCGUUGCAUACAGACCCAAUGGGACGCCGAACAAGUGGUGGUUGGCUUUCGCCAAGAGAAAAUUCAUGAACAUCAUCGAUCAGCGAUCUGUCUAACACGAGCGGGCUUGAAGUUUGUGAAUGUAGAAAAGGGAGGGCAUGUCUGUAGAUUUUCUUCCCCUCUCAUUCCAAUUUUUCUUUUUUUGGGCAAAUAAUUAGAUUUCUUUUUUUUUUUUUUUUUUUAAGUAUGAGCACAGUGAGGACUUGUUCAGACUGUUGUAUUGUAUGAAUAACAACUCGAAAACCAAAUGCAAGCUAAACGAUCGGAUAAA